AUGUUCUACCAUGGUGGAGAGCCAGAGGAUGAUUGGCGAUUGGCGAUUGGCGACCGGCUUCACACGCCCAGUCCUCGGCCACCGGCUAUCUUGUACCACAACGGGAACUUCAACCCCCUUGUACAGUACCACUCCAUGGGCCGAUUGCGAGGACACGAGGACCCGCUCCGAUGUCAUUUCCCUCUGUGGUGUUGCGUCGCCAUCACGCACGGCAACGGCCCUAUACAAACGAGUCGCCGCGUCGCUGUUCCGCUGCUUCCUGCACGCAGUUCAUUCAUGGAGAGAGUUGGGGCCUACCGGUACCUGUUGUGCAUUCAAUCGUCAGCGCCACCUACCCUACCUCUCCAUUGGCCCGCACCAGAUUGCGUCACUUCCCCCUACGCUGCUCGGCUGCUGAACAUUGACUUUUCGCACUCGACACUCACCACACGGCAUUUAUUGUUAUCGCAUCGCCAUUUGCAGACCCACGGCUUCAGAAUCAGCGGCAAAGGUUGGCGACUGACCCAACGGGCUACAGAUAAUAUCGACUAUGACUAUCUCAAAGACCUUAUUAAACACCAGACCACGCCAGGCACCAACAAAGCCGUAUCCAUACCCGGACAGGGCGGCAGUUCGGAGGAGGCGUUCGGGAAUCAUUUCUUGAGGGUCUUGCAGGCGCAACAUGAUCGCAUCAAUCUAUUCGUGCGGAGUAAGAGCGGGGAGAUUGAAAGACGGAUACAACAUAUAAACAAGUGCCUGGAGGAUCUACAACACAAAAGGGUCAACUACACGCCCGGCGCCCAGUUGCCUGCACGGCUGGUCGAGAGAUAUGCAAAGAUUGAUGCAGACGUGACCAAGACCGGCGAAGAGAUCCGCUCUCUGUCUCGAUUCCAAGUAGUGCAGCGGACCGGGUUCACCAAAAUUCUCAAAAAGUAUAAGCGCUGGACAAAGGAUCGCGAGCUGAGCCAUGUGUUUAAGAAGGAGAUUAGUAGUCAGCCGGAUAGUCUAUUCCAGCUGGACCUGAGCUACUUGCUCGACCAAUACAUUGACGUUCUAGACGCCCUGCGCUCCGUGUUCGACACUGAUGGCACUCCCGCGGCGUCUUCGGACGGGGCUAAUGGCUCUGCAGCACGUCUCUUCAAGACUCUUGAAAAGGGAGAAGAGAUUGACUUCGACGUGGCCCUGACAACAGUACCGCUGGGUGCAAAGGGGGAGAAGGCAGUGUAUUGGAUACACCCUGAUCAUAUAGUUGAAGUGCAGGUCCUGUUGCUCCAACAAAUGCGCCUCUACACUGGCAGCUCGAAAGUAGCAUCACGGGUCGGGUCAUCCCGAGGGCCACCCAGUCGACGCCAGUCUUUCAUGAACCUCGGUAUUGAAGACGAUGUUGGUCUCGUGGUCUUGGACCAUGCUGAAGCUUUUGCUUUCAAGCAGAACACGAGCACGAUAGGGUCGAGCGAGGAAGCAGAAGGCAUAAUUGGCGUCAAAGCAGCCGGCCACAUACGAUAUGUUGCAUCUGGUAAGGCAGCGGUUGUGUUGAGCACUGAGUCUAAUGGGCAGGGACAAGUGUCGACGGGGCUUAAGACAGCGAAGAUGGAACGAAAGGCAUUACAGACACUACUGGACACACCAGCAGCAGCAAGCGCUCCUGAAAGGUUUAAUGAUCACAAGGAGCAGGCGAACAGGUUCUCGAAAAACGACUAUGCCGAGAUCCAGCAGUGGUUGAAGGACCACCAAUCCACCAAGCCCAUUGCGGGUGCCAUCUCGAAGCGGACGCGAUUUGUUGGCCUACACAACAAUGCUGCUGGCGGCACCUGGGCAGCCUUGGAUCGGGAUGUCUACCUCAGAGAGUCGCUGCACAAGGACCUAGAACAAGAGGACUGGGUUUCCCAAGCUCGAUCUCAAGCGACCAAAUUUCCGCAUGCCAUUUUGGAAGUCCGGAAAGAAGGUCGGCAGGCGUCGAGUCUUAUCCAGACGCUCGACCGCAGCCAUCUUGUCGAACGUGUCCGUGGGUUCUCGUUGGAAGCACACGCUGUGUGGGCAUGCUGCAAACCCGACGCCAUGUCUCCCCCUCUUUGGAUCCCUCUUCUCGACAAGGACAUUCGUAAAUUACCAGAGCCUGUGAGAAGACGUAGCCGGAGGACGCGGACUACCAGCAACAGCGGUUCCCAACCCCCUGCCUCGCCCGAAGCAACCUCGACGUCCAACACUUCUUAUGAUGGGCAGUCUAGCCCCAUUGCAUCUCGCAAUGGCGAAUCGUCUGCGACCUCGGCGCAAGACUUUGUUGAUCCACCCAAUCUGCAAGCGUUCAGGAAGAAGAGUCGGAAACCUUUUGCAGACUACCCACCACCCAUCUCUCGAACAGAGCCAGAGCCAGAGCCCCAACGCUACUGGAAUGAAUACGACCACCCUGAGGAUGAAGAGACGGGAUACUACAUCUACGUUGACCCCAACGCGUCUGUCAAAUUCCCUGGUCAGGAGCUCAUGGAAGCAUGCCUGCGGAAAACGCGCAGAUUGUUCGGCAUGCGCGAAAGACCAGCACGAGGUUCCUUUUCCGGAGACGAAGACGCAUCCUCAGACGACGACGAUGACGACACGGUCGACGAGUCUCCCAUGGUCACAACCAGAAAUUACGGCACCAUUUCUUCGCACAACCUCCGCUCAUCCUCCAAUGACGGCUACUUCAGCAGCCUCUUCCGCUCCCUGCGCGACCCGCGCCAUGAUGCAAACAUUCUGCAGGAACGUCGCUCCCUACUCAGCGAAUUGGAAACGCAUCAACACAAGACGGAGAUGACGAAGUUGCGGUUCUAUUCUACCAGUCUGGCGACUGCCAUGAUCAUCGACGUCAUUCUGGGAAUCAUGAUUUGUACGAGCCGCAAGAAGGAGCGUGGGGUCGUGGAUUUGGUGGUGCUGUUUGGCACCAUUGUGACGCUGAUUUUGUGUGCGGUUGGGGUUUUGAGCAUGAAGACUCGGCGCGAGAGAUUGGGGUGGGUGCAUCAGGGUGUGGUGUUGUUUAUUGCGGCGGGUGUGGUGGCGUUGGAUGUGGUUCUGCUGUUGUGGGUGUUGAGGGUUUGA